AUGAGAGGCUAGUUGCCGGAGUUGCACGCCGCGGUAGCAGCCAUGAAGCUCAACGUGGACGGGCUGCUGGUCUACUUCCCCUACGACUACAUCUAUCCGGAGCAGUUCUCCUACAUGCUGGAGCUCAAGCGCACGCUGGACGCCAAGGGUCAUGGAGUCCUGGAGAUGCCCUCCGGUACUGGAAAGACAGUGUCUCUGCUGGCCUUGAUCAUGGCCUACCAGCGGGCAUAUCCAUUGGAAGUGACCAAACUCAUCUACUGCUCAAGGACUGUGCCCGAGAUUGAGAAGGUGAUUGAGGAGCUGCGCAAGUUGCUCAACUUCUACGAGAAGCAGGAAGGGGAGAAGCUACCAUUCUUGGGGUUGGCUCUGAGCUCCCGCAAGAACCUGUGUAUUCAUCCUGAGGUGACGCCCCUGCGCUUUGGGAAGGAUGUGGACGGGAAAUGCCACAGCCUCACCGCCUCCUAUGUGCGCGCACAGUACCAGCAGGAUGCCAGCAUGCCCCACUGCCGCUUCUAUGAGGAGUUUGAUGCCCAUGGGCGCCAGGUGCCCCUCCCUGCUGGCAUCUAUAAUCUUGAUGACCUAAAGGCCCUGGGGCAGCGUCAUGGUUGGUGCCCAUACUUCCUGGCCCGCUACUCGAUCCUGCAUGCCAACGUGGUGGUGUACAGCUACCACUACCUCCUGGACCCGAAGAUCGCUGACCUGGUGUCCAAGGAGCUGGCCCGCAAGGCUGUCGUGGUCUUUGAUGAAGCUCACAAUAUUGACAACGUCUGCAUUGACUCCAUGAGUGUCAACCUUACCCGCCGCACGCUUGACCGAUGCCAGGCCAACCUGGACACCCUGCAGAAGACAGUGCUCAGGAUCAAGGAGACAGAUGAGCAGCAGCUGCGGGAUGAGUACCGGCGUCUGGUAGAGGGGCUACGGGAGGCCAGUGCGGCCCGGGAGACAGAUGCCCACCUGGCCAACCCUGUGCUGCCCGACGAGGUGCUGCAGGAGGCCGUCCCUGGCUCCAUCCGCACAGCUGAGCACUUCCUGGGCUUCCUACGACGGCUGCUGGAGUUCGUCAAGUGGCGGCUGCGUGUGCAGCAUGUGGUGCAGGAGAGCCCCCCUGCCUUCCUCAGCAGCCUGGCCCAGCGUGUGUGCAUUCAGCGCAAGCCCCUCAGAUUCUGUGCUGAGCGCCUCCGCUCCCUCCUGCACACCUUGGAGAUUGCUGACCUCGCCGACUUCUCACCGCUCACCCUCCUUGCUAACUUUGCCACCCUUGUCAGCACCUACGCCAAGGGGUUCACCAUCAUCAUUGAACCCUUCGAUGACAGGACCCCAACCAUUGCCAACCCCGUCCUACACUUCAGCUGCAUGGAUGCCUCCCUGGCCAUCAAACCUGUGUUCGGGCGCUUCCAGUCUGUCAUCAUAACCUCUGGGACACUGUCCCCGUUGGACAUCUACCCCAAGAUCCUGGACUUCCACCCCGUCACCAUGGCAACCUUCACCAUGACGCUGGCUCGGGUCUGUCUCUGCCCCAUGAUCAUUGGCCGGGGGAAUGACCAGGUUGCCAUCAGCUCCAAAUUUGAGACCCGGGAAGAUAUUGCGGUGAUCCGGAACUAUGGGAACCUCCUGCUAGAGAUGUCAGCCGUGGUCCCGGACGGCAUCGUGGCCUUCUUCACCAGCUACCAGUACAUGGAGAGCACCGUGGCCUCCUGGUACGAGCAGGGCAUCCUCGAAAACAUCCAGAGGAACAAGCUGCUGUUCAUCGAGACCCAAGAUGGGGCUGAGACCAGUGUCGCCCUGGAGAAGUACCAAGAGGCCUGCGAGAAUGGCCGUGGGGCCAUCCUGCUGUCUGUGGCCCGUGGCAAGGUAUCUGAGGGAAUUGACUUUGUGCACCACUAUGGACGGGCUGUCAUCAUGUUUGGCGUCCCCUAUGUCUACACCCAGAGCCGCAUUCUUAAGGCACGCCUGGAGUACCUGCGGGACCAGUUCCAGAUCCGAGAGAAUGAUUUCCUCACCUUUGAUGCCAUGCGCCACGCGGCCCAGUGUGUGGGUCGGGCCAUCCGGGGCAAGACAGACUACGGCCUCAUGGUCUUUGCUGACAAGCGCUUUGCCCGGGCAGACAAGCGGGGGAAGCUGCCACGCUGGAUCCAGGAGCACCUCACAGACGCCAACCUCAAUCUCACAGUGGACGAGGGGGUCCAGGUGGCCAAGUACUUCCUGAGGCAGAUGGCACAGCCCUUUCACCGGGAGGACCAGCUGGGCCUGUCCCUACUCAGCCUGGAGCAGCUAGAGUCAGAGGAGACGCUGCGGAGGAUAGAGCAGAUCGCUCAGCAGCUGUGAGCGCAGACGUGGCAUGAAGGCAUCCAGCGCAGGGGUCAGAAGGAUACAUGAGCCCCAGGAAUGUCAGGGCCCACUUGGGGAAGUGCCGCUGCCGAGGGAGCCGAGCCCAGGAGG